UGACAGUUGACACUCAAUUUAUCCUCGCUUAUCUUUUACGAAGUAUUUGGUUUAACAGGCAGGUAACGGCACGAUGAGGCCCGUGGCUCAACUGCUUCACAACAAGUUUGUUGUGGUGUUAGGAGACUCGAUUCAGCGCUCUGUCUACAAGGAUUUGGUCCUAAUCCUACAGAGAGACGCAUAUUUAAGUUUGUCCCAGUUAAAAAGCAAGGGUGAGUUUUCGUUCGAACAGGAUUGCCUAGUGGAAGGUGGCCGGUUGGGCCAGAUGAAUAACGGCAUUUUGUAUAGUGAAGUGAGACAGUAUCGCACAGAUCACCACUUGAUCCGCUUCUAUUUUGUUACUCGAGUUUUCUCAAGAUAUAUGGAGAGCAUCCUAGCUGACUUUGAACAGGGCAUAAAACCAGACCUGGUUAUCAUCAACUCUUGUGUAUGGGACAUAUCCAGGUACAGCCGUGAAUGGGCCUCAGAGUACAAAGAAAACCUCAACAAGUUCUUCAUGAAGCUAAAGACCCUUUUACCAGAAGAGACCCUGGUUGUGUGGAACAUGACUAUGCCCCUGGGAAAGAAGAUUUUGGGAGGUUUCCUGGUCCCAGAGAUUGAACAUAUGGGUCCUUCAUUAAGAUUUGAUGUGAUUGAAGCCAAUUACUUUGGAGCCACUCUUGCCAACAGCUUCGGCUUUGAUGUGCUAGACUUGCACUUCCAGUUUCGCUUCAGCCUGCAACACCGGAUGAAAGACGAUGUACACUGGAAUGCCGUCGCCCACAGAAAGAUCACUUGCCUGCUCCUGGAGCAUGUUGCACAGGCGUGGGGUGUGGAACUGCCAAAACUGGACCAGAUUAAUGCAGAUAAUCGCCCACCAUUACCUGAGAACCAUAGCUGGCAAACAGCUACUUCAAGUGCUCCUGCUCGCCAUCCAGGUCUGUAUAGGAACCAGAGGUGCUUUAAUCCACCUGUGAUGCCCGCCAUCUGCUACAACAAUGGUCCGUAUAGGGUCCAGAGGGGCUUUAAUCCACCUGUGAUGCCCGCCAUCCAAUACGACAAUGAUCCGUAUAGGAUCCAGAGGGGCUUUAAUCCACCUGUGAUGCCUCCCAUCCACUACAACAAUGGUCCAGUCUGGACGCAGGGUCAAAGGGUGGUCAGUGGCUUCAGAUCACAGUACUGCCAUGGUAAUCUGCCACCCCACAUGACUGCAGGUUACCAGAGCUUUGAAAGAGAAACCUUUUGCAGAGGUGCUAACAAUUCAGCUGCUUCCCCGUACUGGCCAGUGAACAACUUAGUCAUGAGGCAGAAACAUCGAAAUCCAUUUACUCGAGAGAGACCACAUCCUUACAGAUAUUAAAUCAUCGAGAAGACAUCUCAUUGUGUAUGGCCACAAUACACAACACUGUAGCAAAAUCUUUUCCUUAAAAAAAACUCUCAAUUUGUUAUACUUUUGCCUUUGUAGAUUUUUAAUAAACUUCACAUAUUCUUGUUUGGUCAAUAGAUAAAAAAUCUGCAAUAAGAAUACUUGCAGAGUACAGUAUAUGCUGACCUCAAAAAUAACCAAAGAAUGUUUAUAAAUUCAGAGAUUGUUUGUCCCAGCCAUUUGCUUAUCCAUGCCUAUAAUCUAUAUAAAAAAACAUUUAUUUUGAUGCAUUUUGAUUUGUUUUAUCACUCUGAAGCUAAUGGGAAAUGAAACUGGAAAUGCUUUAUUGACUUUAAUAACAUUAAGAAAUGCUGUA